AGUGAAAAUGAUUCUUGAUCUUGAGCUGUAGACAGCUCCAGUUCCAGAGUGCAAUGCAAAUCUGAGUUAUUUCUCCCUUCCUACAAAUUCCUUUCUUCUUCGAAUUCUCCCAAACAUUCUCACACUUCAUCUUCAAUGCUGUUGCUCUUUUUUUCAAAUUCUAUUCUCUCUACACCCAAUUUGCCUGUCACUGUAUCGCAUCAAUUUCUUUCUUCAAUUUUUGUCUAACGUCCAUUACCGACAACAAAAUCCCGUUUUGGAACCAACCCACGUCAUGAUUCACGUCUUGUUAGCUUAAUCAACCUGUUUCAGAUCUUGUGUUCCACGUUCAAUUUUGAGUAAAUAUUCAUUUCCAAUUAUAUAAUCGAUUUUUUUUUCUUCCUUUUUUGGUUAGAUUGUUUUUUUAAUUGAAAAUGGAGAUUUCUAGUGGAGGUUGUUCUCCUAGGAUUAGGUCUGAUCAUUUGAAAAAAGAGGGAUCAGAUGAAAUACGUUUACGACAAGCUUUAGAAUUGCAACUUUCUGAUAUCGUUCGUUAUGGUGAUGAUCACAAUUACGGAAUUCAAUCAAUGAAUGCUUUGGAUAUUCUCAGAGAAACCAUAAGGAUUCUUAGGUUUAAUUCAUGGGGUUUCAUGAUUAUCACUGUUUUGCUUAUUUGUCCUGUUUCUGCUGUUCUUUUGUCUAAUGUGUUAGUGGAUGAGUCUAUUGUGAAGAAUUUAACUAUUAGGCUUAUGUUGGUUGCUGAAACUAGUGGUCUCCCUUUGAGACCUAUGAUCAAACAAUCUUGUCAGCGAUUUGCCGAGACCGUAACCGCUUCUGCUAUGUGUUUUCCCUUGUAUGCAACAUUGUUGUUAUUGUCUAAAACUGCAGUGGUGUAUUCUGUUGAUUGUACUUAUUCAAGAAAGAAGUUUGAUUCUUCCAAGUUUUGUGUGAUUGUUUCUAAGUUUUGGAGGAAGAUACUUUCUACGUAUAUGUGGGCUUGUACUAUAGUUGUUGGUUGCAUCACUAUGUUCUGUGUUUUCCUUGUUGCGUUCUGCAGUGCAUUGGCUGUUCUUGGGUUUUCUCCUAAUGUUGUUGUGUAUGCUGCAUUGAUGGUUGGGUUAGUUUUCUCUGUUAUAUUUGCCAAUGCUAUAAUCAUUUGCAACAUUGCUUUGGUGAUCUCGGUGCUUGAGGAUGUUUCGGGAGCACAGGCGAUGCUUCAGUCUAGUAUUUUAAUCAAGGGUCAGACUCAGGUGGGUCUGCUAAUAUAUCUUGGAUCGACAAUAGGAAUGGCGUUUGUUGAGGGGUUGUUUGAGCAUAGAGUGAAGACACUGAGUUAUGGUGACGGAUCUUCGAGAAUGUGGGAAGGGCCGCUCUUGGUGAUAAUGUAUUCGUUUGUGGUGCUUAUAGAUUCUAUGAUGAGUGCAGUUUUCUAUUUCAGUUGUAGAUCUUUCAGUGUGGAGAACUCAAAUGGCGAAGGCAGCUCGAUUUUAGAAACUAUGGCCAUUUCUGCUGAAACAAUGGGUAUUCAAUGACAUUUCACACAGGAUAUUGAUUAUAUCAAUUGAAUUAAUAAGAUGAAGAUGAAAUGGUAAAGAUUGUUCCCUGCAAAUUGUGUUGCCAUUGAGAAACCUUGCAUCGAUACUUCUUCAGAACAUUAGAAUGUUGGAUACAGCACAUAUAUGGAGUGGAUGGCUUUCGCCUUGAUGAGAACGAGAUAGCUCUCAAUACAUGGAAAUUGCUUCUUUUAGUUAGUUUACAAACACGGAAAAACUUAAAAGCAGAGUAAUUGAUGUUUUUAGUUUCUUGUUAUGACAGUGGCAAAGGUAAUACUUUUGUAAACAAACGGAAGAAGUUAAUUUGAAUCAAAGCACAAAUUUAUUGUUCCUAUGUGA